UACUGACAAGUUAGAUAUUCAUGGAUUGUUUGAAACAAUGUAAAACAUAUGGAUUAUUAAGUUGAUUUAACCCGCGCUUUAACUAUAAUAUACCUGUAUUCUUAAUUAUUCAGGAAAAUUCUACAAAAAGUUCAAACAUCAAACUAGAUGCAACAAAAUAUAAUAAUAAAAGUUUGAAAAUAAUAAUAAUAUAAUAAUAGAUAUGUUUCCUUAAAUUAACGAUCGAGAAUCAUUUUGGUCAACAUACAAUGAUGCCAUUUGGAAAAAAAUAUCAUAAAAUACGUUCAUUAUAGCAAGUAAAGAAACAGAAUCAACGGGAUUUAAUUAGGAUUUGUUUCAUUGCACGGUUUAAGUAUAAAUUCUACUACUCAUUCAUCAUUUUAUGUUAAUCUCCAUUGAAAUUGAAAAACUAGAGUAACAUAUAAUUCAUUGCAUAAGAAAAGAUGGCGAAACGAGCAUCUUCAUUUUGUCUCGUCUUAUAUGUCGUCGUCUUGUUACUCGGUUUAGUGUCAGCAGUCACAGAUGAUCGUCAAGAUAAACAGGUGUACGUUGUUUACAUGGGUUCACUUCCGUCUCGACCGGGCUACACACCAAUGUCGAAUCACUUAAAUAUUCUUCAAGAAGUCACUGGAGAAAGUUCUACCACAGGUCGUUUGGUGAGAAGUUAUAAGAGGAGUUUUAAUGGGUUCGCUGCCCGACUCACUGAGUCAGAACGAGAACAAGUAGCCGAAAUGGAGGGAGUUGUGUCUGUGUUCCCGAACAAGAAGUUACAACUCCAAACGACUGCGUCUUGGGACUUCAUGGGGUUAAAGGAAGGAAAUAAUACAAAGCGGAACUUGGCCAUAGAGAGUGAUACUAUCAUCGGAGUCAUCGACACUGGUGUUUGGCCAGAAUCAGAGAGCUUCUCGGGCAAAGGCUUUGGUCCUCCUCCAAAGAAAUGGAAAGGUGUUUGUUCCGGCGGCAAAAACUUCACUUGCAACAACAAGUUGAUAGGAGCAAGAGACUACACAGGCGAAGGCACUAGGGACAACCAGGGCCACGGUUCACACACAGCAUCGACAGCUGCUGGAAACGCAGUUGCGGGAGAAAGCUUCUUCGGAAUAGGUAAUGGAACGGCGAGAGGCGGCGUUCCAGCUGCAAGAGUCGCUGCUUACAAAGUUUGCAUCCCGACAGGGUGUACCACAGAAUCUAUACUGUCUGCAUUCGAUGACGCGAUAGCAGAUGGUGUAGAUUUCAUUAGCAUAUCCAUUGGGGAUGACAGUGCCAUCCCGUAUGAAAAGGACCCCAUUGCAAUCGGGGCUUUUCACGCUAUGGCCAAAGGGAUCCUCACUGUGAACUCAGCCGGCAACAGCGGUCCAACUCCGAACUCGGUUGCGAGUGUCGCACCGUGGAUAUUAACAGUUGCAGCCAGCACAACCAACCGUGAGUUUCUCACCAAAGUUGUUCUCGAAAACGGCAGGACACUUUCCGGGAGAUCAGUGAAUGCUUUUGAUCUCAAAGGAAAGAAUUAUCCUCUUGUGGAGGGAACUCUUGGAUCUCAGGCCAAGGGACAAAUAUUGGUGAGCAGAUAUCCAACUAUUUCAGGAACAGCUGUUGCAACCAUAAAUGUAGACUACAAGAACUACUCCUCCAUUAGCCCUCGUCCUCUAUCUUCUCUAUCACAAGAUGACUUUGAUUCUCUCCUCUCUUACCUUAACUCCACAAAGUCCCCACGAGGCACUGUUCUAAAAACUGAGGCAGUCUUUAAUCAGAAAGGUCCUAAAGUUGCUUCCUUCUCUUCUCGUGGUCCAAACACCCUUGCUGUUGAUCUUCUAAAGCCGGAUAUAACUGCACCGGGAGUGGAGAUUCUCGCUGCGUAUUCACCUUUGAGUUCCCCAUCUUUAGGAGACCAGAGACAAGUGAAGUACUCUGUUGAUUCUGGAACUUCAAUGUCUUGUCCACAUGUUGCUGGCGUGGCUGCGUACAUCAAGACUUUUCAUCCUGACUGGUCUCCAUCCGUGAUCCAUUCUGCCAUCAUGACAACCGCUUGGUCAAUGAAUGCUUCUGACACUGGGGUUGCAUCAACCGAGUUUGCUUAUGGAGCUGGCCAUGUCGACCCAAUAGCCGCUCUAAAUCCUGGACUUGUCUACGAACUGAACAAAGCAGACCACAUCACCUUUCUCUGCGGCUUAAACUACACUUCCAAAACCCUUAAACUCAUUACCGGUGAAGCAGUCACUUGCACUGGAAAUACCUUACCAAGAAACCUCAACUAUCCUUCAAUGUCGGCUAAACUUUCGGAAACUAAUAGCCCCUUCACCGUCACUUUCAACAGAACCGUCACCAACGUCGGUAUCCCCAACUCUACCUACAAAUCGCAGAUUGUCUUAAAUCACGGGACUAAGCUCAGUGUCAAGGUUUCACCUAAUGUCCUGUCUAUGAAGUCGGUGAAUGAAAAACAGGCUUUCACAGUGACUGUUACAGGCAGUGGUCUCGACCCAAAACUGCCUUCGUCUGCUAAUCUAGUCUGGUCUGAUGGCACACACAACGUGAGAAGCCCCAUUGUUAUUUAUACUAGUGGCUGAUGAGGGCCAUGAGGCCACAUGCAUUUAACAUAUUUGAUCUUUCUAUCAUCAUGAUUAUCACUACCGUUGCAAUAAAACCACCAUGCUGUUGUUAUGU